CAAAACCUAGUUAAACACAACACUAUAAAAACGCACACCGAGAUUCUCGCCAAUAACAAACAACACUUCACUCGUUUCAAUACUCUUUCAAAACCGAUAGAGAAAUUUUUUCCCAAUUUUGUUCCUUUUCCUGAGAUUUAGGGUUUUCGGAGAAAAAUGGCUGACGAAUCAGAAAGCACGGUGACCGCGGUGAGUCGUGACGGCGGCGAUUCGUUGCUUGAAAAGAUCACUGAGAAACUUCACUUUGAUGAUUCUUCCUCCGAUUCAUCGGAUUCACAUUCUGAUACCGAUAAACCGGUUGUUGAGUCCGUUAAGGAGAAGGUUUUUCGUCUUUUUGGAAGGGAGAAGCCUGUUCAUUCUGUCCUUGGUGGAGGAAAGCCUGCUGAUGUGUUCUUAUGGAAGAACAAGAAGAUAUCUGCUGGAGCACUUGGUGUAGCAACUGCAAUUUGGGUGUUUUUUGAGCUGCUUGAAUAUCACUUUCUUACUCUCAUUUGUCACAUAUCGAUUUUGGUGCUUGCCCUGUUGUUUUUGUGGUCCAAUGCUCAUACCUUCCUUCAUAAGACUCCACCUCGCAUACCAGUGGUUCAUCUACCAGAGGAACCAGUUUUGCAAAUUGCAUCUGCAUUGAGAAUUGAAAUCAACCGAGGAUUUUCUGCCUUGCAUAAUAUUGCUUCUGGAAGAGAUUUGAAGAAAUUCUUCAUUGUUGUUUUUGGCUUGUGGAUUGUAUCAAUUGUGGGGAGCUGGACCAAUUUCUUGACCCUUUUCUACAUAACUUUUGUUUUGUUGCACACUGUUCCUUUUGUGUAUGAUAAGUAUGAGGACAAGAUAGACCCUCUGGCCGAAAAAGCAUUCAUUGAGAUUAAAAAGCAGUAUGCAGUGUUUGAUGAAAAGGUCUUAAGUAAGGUCUUGAGUAAGAUUCCAAUAGGUGCAUUGAAAGGUAAGUUAGCUUAGUGUUGAAGGAUGUGUGCUCCUGAUGAUAGAAGAAAAAAAAAAGGCUCCGUUUGAAUGUUUUAUAUAUAGAGCCUUGUUUUGGGUUGUUUCUAGGCGGGUAUUGAUACUCGCGAAGAUGUAGUUUAAAAUUUUGCAUAUGGAUUUUAUUGGCUACAUUGUUGAACAUCUUGUAGUCCUUAAUUUAUUAGCUGCUAGUUUGCUGUUGUAAGUUAAACAUAUUCAUGUUAAAGUUUUAUUGAUAAAAUAUUUGGUUUUUUCA